AUGGCCAGUAACAAUAAUAUGGCAGUUACAAGCAAAUUUGCCUUGCCCGUAAGCAGCGAAGACAACAUGGAUGUACUGGCUAUCAUUUAUAGAUUUUUCAAAAAGGUAUCAAUUGUCGGUGCUGUGUACCUAGUUGGUUACAUGCAAUGGAGCGUAGCAUGGCUCAUAGGCCCUGUCAUCUUGUCUGUAAUGCGAGACCAGUGGCGAAAGGAAAAUGAGUACCGACGUAACUUGGCCAAGGCUGCUGCCGUGUCUUCCGAAAAAGAUGUAGUUUUGGCACGACUAGACGAUCUUCCAGCUUGGGUAUUUUUCCCUGAUAUUGAACGUGCGGAAUGGCUGAAUAGAAUACUUUUACAAGUUUGGCCUAACGUGAAUCAUUACGCGAGAAGUCUUUUAAAGGAUUCCAUCGAGCCGGCAGUCGCCGAAAGUCUGGCUAAUUAUAAACUCAAUGGCUUCAAGUUCGAACGUAUGAUUCUCGGCACGAUCGCACCUCGAGUCGGUGGCGUGAAAGUUUACGACAAGAAUCUUUCUAGGGAUGAGAUCAUAAUGGACGUCGACUUGUUUUAUGCUGGCGAUUGCGAUAUAUCUUUCGUAUUACAACGCAUCCGAGGUGGAAUAAAGGAUUUGCAGAUUCAUGGAAUGGUUCGCGUAGUGAUGAAGCCUCUGAUCACAAAGAUGCCUCUAGUCGGUGGAUUGCAAGUUUUCUUCCUCAACAAUCCGCGCAUUGACUUCAAUUUGGUUGGCGCCGCUGAUGUGCUGGACAUUCCUGGCUUCAGUGACAUUUUGCGUCGCUGUAUCGUGGAGCAAGUGGCGAGAAUAAUGGUGCUGCCGAACAAACUGCCUAUAAAGUUGAGCGACGAAAUACCCACUGUGGACCUGCGUAUGCCAGAACCGGAGGGUGUACUACGCAUCCAUCUCGUCGAAGCCCAAAAUUUGAUGAAGAAAGACGUAUCGAUGUUAGGAAAGGGUAAGUCAGAUCCUUACGCCAUAAUAACCGUCGGUGCCCAGCAAUGGAAGACAAAGCAUAUUGAUAACGACGUGAAUCCACGCUGGAACUUCUGGUGCGAGGCGAUAAUUAGCUCAAGGAAGGGCCAAAUGCUGCAAUGCGAGCUGUGGGACUGGGAUCCAGGGAUGGGGAUACAGAACGAUGAUUAUCUCGGCAGAUGCUCGAUGGAUAUAUCGCAAGUUGUACGCGUCGGCCGCUUGGAUACGUGGCAAACACUUCAGCAAGCUAAACAUGGCAAGGUCCAUUUGCGGCUAUCGUGGCACAGACUCUCUACGGAUUUAUUGGAUCUCAGUCAUGCCAUAACUGAAACACAAUUGGUGAAAACUGGUGACCUGAGCUCUGCAGUUCUAUCGGUGUAUGUCGACUCUUGCAAAAAGCUGCCGAACGCAAGACCCCAGUCUCGGCCAGACCCGUACUUAACCGUGACCGUCGGCAAGAAGACCGAGAACACGGCCGUCCAAAUGCGCACAGACGACCCCGUCUACGAGAUCGGAUACUCCUUCCUGGUGCAGAAUCCCGAAAUUGACGUAUUGGAAAUCAGGGCGUUAGACCAAAAAACUGGAAGCAUCCUGGGCCAAUUAAACUACGCCGUCGGCAACUUGUUGAGGGAGAAAGAUCUGUGCUUGCUAACACAACCGCUCACAUUACAAAAAUCUGGUCCGGAGUCCAAGAUUAUCCUGGCCCUGCAAUUGAAGAUACUGAAAGAGGCGAUAAAAGAGGACGACGUGGAGGCUGAGACUCCAUUGGAGUCGCCAGUGGAGCCGGAGCCCGCGCCGCAGCCCGCCGUCCAGCAGCCGGCCACGCCGCCAACGACGCCCGCAAUAGACUCCACUGACGCGAACCAACCACCUUUAGUGUUGAAUGCAGAAUUGAAGAACUUGGAAGAGAAAGUGCAAGAAAAUGGCUCCCAAAAGUCUAUCCCCCUAGAGCAAAUUGAGAAAGCUGUUGAUGUCCCACAAGAACAGGCAGCACCAGAGCGUGACUCUCCUAAGCUGGUACAUCGCACGUCGUCAAUAACAACAUCUGCUGGAGAAGCAGGGCUUGGACGCAUUUUGCUUUCUCUCCGAUACAGCAUGCAACACCAAACUCUUUAUGUUGUUGUUCAUAAAAUAAUGAACAUACCCCUCAAGGACCCAACCAACGUGCCCGAUCCUUAUGUGAAACUGUACUUGCUCCCCGGACGCUCCAAGGAUUCUAAACGCAAGACCGUGGUGGUUAAGGACAAUUGCAUGCCAGAGUAUGACGAACAGUUUGAAUGGGUCAUUCCUCAUGCGGAACUGCACUCUAGACAGGUUGAAGUCACAGUGGCUACUCACAAAGGUUUCCUUGGAGGAAGUCCCAUCAUUGGGCAGGUGAUAGUACAUCUGAACCAAUAUGAAUUUCGUGAAGCAAAGACCCUCUGGUUUGAUCUUAUGCCUGAAUUACCUGGAGCC